AGGUAUCGGAAAUAAGAACAACGAUUUUGAUUAAGAUUUCCUGGUGAUUUUGAGGUUACUGAGUUAAAUAUGAAAUGAAUUAGUAUUACCGAAUAAGUUAUAAAUUUCAGACAUUCAGAAAAAUUAAUUCGUUAAAAAUGGCUAGUGUUUCAACCGCCCCGGCACCUGGGAUGCAUCAAAUCGACUUGUCGAAGCUUAAUUUGAAUCAGUUGGCUCAACUCAAGCAGCAACUUGAUCAAGAGCUGAACGUAUUUCAAGACUCUUUACAAACGCUUAAAAUAGCUCAACGAAAAUUUGUAGAAUCUGGUGAGAGUGUUGAAAAACUUAAACCAGAAACAAAGGGCAGAACCUUGUUGGUUCCAUUAACAGGAUCAAUGUAUGUACCUGGCACUAUAGCUGAUUCAGAGAAUGUGAUCAUUGACAUCGGCACUGGAUAUUAUGCCCAAAAAAAUGUUGCAGGAGCAAAGGACUAUUUUGAUAGGAAAGUGAAGUUUGUAACAGAGCAAAUGGAAAAAAUUCAAGUACUAGGAAUUGAAAAAACCAAAGUGCGAGAAGCAAUUUGUAUGAUGAUAGAAAUGAAAGUUCAAGCACAGGCACAGAAUACCUCAACAUCAUAACAUUAAUUAAUGAUCUCGAUUUAUUAUUCAAAUAUGGUUUGCUAUGAUAAAAUUAAUACAUCCUUUUAAAUUCUCAUUAUGUUGAUUUUUUUACUUAUGGAUACAUAUUAUUUUAAUUGUAAAAUUUACAAAAUAAUGUUUUGAACAAACAGAAAAACUUUUUUUAUGAAUAACAAUUAAAUAAAGUUUUGGACCUUUGAUAUUCCUCUAGCCUUGAAGUGUACUUUAACACAAUAAUUAGUAGUGUAGUUGAUAUAUUAAAAUACAUAUGUAAAGCAAUUUUCGUCUUUGUUUACUGCAGCAUUUAUUGCUAUUUACAGAAUUGUAUAAUUCAAUGUUGUAUGAGAGAAUUUACGCAAUGCAUUAUUUUUUACCAUUUCUAAAACAUAAUUCACAAUAUUAUACUAAAGUUAAUUUCUAAUUACCAAACUAACCUUUUCUGUAAAGAU